UCGAGAGGCUAUUCUUCUCGUCGUCCUCCCAUCGUUUUUCAACUUUCCUGUUUCUCACAUAGCUGCGUUUCCUUCUAUUAAAGCACGCAGAGACAGGAACUGCCACCCCUGCCUCCCUCCCACAUGCUCUCUCUCUCUCUCUCUGGUUUAGACCCACACACAUCCUUGUUCUCUCGGUUCAUUUAUCAGGGUGAAGUGUUUGACAGCGAGCGUGUCUCUGGACGCUCCGUUUCAGUGUGGAUGCUCUGAGGACUCCUCUUUUCCUCUGUUCAGGAUUCUGUGGUGGGACGUCGCUCUUCUGAGUUCUGGUUUUACCUCCAGCUCAGGAUGGAAGCAGUAGCACUUUAUAACUUUUGUGCCACAGAAAGUGAUGAGCUAAGCUUUCAGAAGGGGGAUGUUCUUAAGAUUACUAAUAUGGAAGAUGAUCCGAAUUGGUACACAGCAGAGUUGGUGAACAGGAAGGGCUACGUACCCAAAAACUAUAUCAGUUUAAGACCGCACGCAUGGUUUGCGGGCCGAAUCUCCAGACACGUGGCAGAGAAUCGUCUGCACCAGCGGGACUGUGGAAGUUUCUUAGUCCGAGAAAGUGAAAGCGCACCUGGAGAAUUCUCCAUGUCAGUGAGCUAUGGGGAUCAUGUACAGCAUUUCAAAGUGUUGAAGGACAGAGAAGGCUAUUACUUUGUUUGGGAGGAAAUCUUCCCUUCCUUAAACCAGCUAGUGGACUUCUACAAGACCAACAGCAUUGCGAAGGAAAGGACGGUUUUUCUGAGGGAUUCAGAUCAUACACUAAAGAGGCCUCAUCACGCACAUGCCCUGUUUGACUUCAAUCCAGAGCACAACACCCAGCUGCACUUCCUGCGGGGUGAUGUCAUAGACCUGCUGGACUGCUCCGAUUCCCAGCGCUGGAAAGGUCGCUGUCGUGGCCGAGUGGGCUUUUUCCCUCCUGAGUAUGUCCAACCCAUCUAUCACUGACUCUGAAGGACAAUAACAACAACACUGUGUGUACAUAUCAGUAGAUUGCGGGCUUAUUGUACUGGUUUGAUAUGAUGGGAACGAUCAAGCUGAGUGUGUUUGAAAAUGACUUUGGGAUGAGCGAACAGAAAUGUUACUAAAACACAAUCAUGCUAUUGACACUACAAUAACACCUUUCAGGUUUUUCAGAAUUCUCACAAAACAUCAACACAACUAUACAAAACAAUAUGCUUUAGAGUAUUCAAAUGAAAAUGGAGAGUCAGAUUUUUCUAUUAAUACAAUCUCUUCACUGCACUUUGCUUACAAAGUUUGGAUAUUAGCUCUAAUACUAGCAUGAUCAAAUGCUUUAUUUAUUA